AUGCCGGACACAUUACGCUAUGCUACCGUAUUCUCGAUAUACUAUAAGUUCUAUGCAGCGACGAGCAUCACCCUUCAAUUGAUUCUGCUAUUCUUGAUACGAUUCAAAUCGCCAUCGAGUUUGGACCAUUUGAAAUAUUUUAUGUAUAAUACGAAUAUUGUCCAAAUUGCGCUGGUGUUGACAGCAUUCAGCACACAACACAGGGUUGUGCCUAACAUCGGAUCUACUGCGAUUCUGGCAACUGGUCCUUGCACCUGGUUUGGACCCAAUAUCUGCUUUAUAUCCUAUAUAAUAUAUACCGCGCUCAGCGUCGAUACUGCAAUGUCAAUCAGCACCACCGUAUUCUUUCGCUAUUUCGUAUUGAUCGCCAACUACAUAUCCGGUCGAAAAGUGAUUCUCAUCGUCUUCAGCUCUCAUCUCCUCGCUAUCAUUCUGCUGAUUGCGCCGUUCUGCGACACAUGGAAUUUUGCGAAAUUACGCCAAUCGACUUACGCCGAACACGCGAGCUACAAUUUUAGCAUCUAUGAGCCAUUCUUCGGUUUCGCUGACACUUCCACAUUUCCAUUUCUCGUCGGAUCGACGGUUUUGGCGUUGGGAACCUACGGAAUCCCGUUGUGCAGCGGAAUUUUGACACGAAAAGUUCUAAUGCUCAUCAGAUUUAAUCAGAAUAUGUCGAGCCGGACGAAGAAGCAGGCAAUGACGCUGAUCUACGGUCUCCUUUGUCAAACAAUAUUCCCGUUUGUGAUCUACACACCGAUAUUCUCGUGUUACGUUUAUACCCAGUUUACUGGCACCGAAAUUCUUCUUUCUGAGCACUUGUUCUUGGCUCUUCCGAGUUUGCCAGGCCUCAUCGACCCUCUGAUAUCAUUCUACUUUGUGGUCCCUUAUCGCCGGGCCCUUCUUCAAUUUUGUUUGAGAAAAAAGGAACCAAUCGUCAACAUUUAUUAUCAUGUGUACUUCGUGUGCGGUUUAUCGUUUCAGUUUCUUCUCGUUUUUCUCAUCACCAAAAAAUCGCCGUCGAGUUUGGCGAAUCUCAAGUAUUUUUUGCGGAAUACAGCACUCGUGCAAAUUAUUGGAAUAAUUACCGGUUAUUUUACGCAACACAGAUCGCUUCCAAACUCGACCACAUUCGCCGUUCUAUCUGUCGGCUUUUGCCGCAAAAUCAGUCCUUAUGUGUGCUUCAGCACCUAUCACAUCUACUACGGAGUCGUUUUCGCGAUCGCCUUGUCAAUUUCAAAUACCGUUCUUUUCCGGUACAUGGUGUUGAAAAUUGCGAAUACCGGCAGAAAACAUGUCAUCUGGAUGCUUGUAUUGUCUUAUAUACCUCCAUUGGCAACUGCGGUAAUCCCGUUCACAGAUACAUGGGACUUCGAAUCAGUUCGACUCCAAUCGAAAUUGGAGCAUCCACAUUAUAAUUUGUCGAUUUAUGAACCAUUUUCGGGAUUCGGCAACAUCGAAUCAUUUCAAUUCGUGCUCGUCACUAGCAUGAUCGGUGUUGGAGCAUACGGAAUCCCUCUGAUGUCGGCACUUCUUACAAGAAGUAUUCUUCGGAUGAUUAAUCGUCAUUCGGCCAUGUCGACAAGGACUAAAACUCAAGCGCGCACAUUGAUCUACGGCCUCAUUUGCCAAACGCUUCUUCCAUUGAUCUGCUAUAUUCCAAUAUUUUCGUUAUACAGGUAUUCGCAAACAAACGGCGUCGAAAGCUUGAUAUCCGAACACGGAUUGCUGAUAUGCUCAAGUUUCCCAUGCCUAAUCGACCCGUUCAUCUCGUUUUAUUUCGUUGUGCCCUAUCGCAAUGCGCUGAUGAGAAUGCUGACUGGAAGGCCGGAAGAGAAAUCGGUGACAAUCGCAGCGCCAUCGUCGAUUUCUGUGCGGAGUGUUAGCAUUCGAAUCAGAUGA